CGCGCUGGCUUUUCUUUUGCGCUGCAGUUUUUCCUUCGCUACCGCGUCUCUUGAUUGAGGACAAGUUAACGCGAGCGAUAAGAGAUUCUCGUCAUUAGACACUCACUCCGAACAUUUGACAAUCACCGUACGAGAUAAAGAAUUGUGUGGAACAAUAGACAAUGAUACUGCUUUAUCCAACGUUGUUAUACUGAACUCGAACCUCAUUUUGUCGUUCGAAUAUAACGUUUACGAAACUCAAUGACCAAGUUCAUUAGCGCCUUUGUCCUUCAUUCUCACGAAAUAUUCAUUUGAAAUAGUGUGCCACUGCAAUUCUUGAGAUCGUGCUUUGACGUUGUGUCACGAUGAGAGUCAGUUGAAUAUAAAUCAUGUGUACUUAGAACCACAGUGCUGAAAGAAGUUUUAUUGGGCGAAGUUAUAAAUCGUAGAACAAAGUGAAAACGCUAUGAAGAAGAUAUACAGGCACAGAGGAGAAAUAGAUUCCAUGGCAGAGUGUGAUGACAGAAACAGUAAAAUUGUACCACUUGUCAAUGGAAUUUCUGUCAAUGCUACAAUAAAGCCAUAUCGCAGGAGCGCAAGCUGGGCAAGAUAUGGCAAUGCUCUGAAAAAUCUUAUUCCUGUACGCACAAAUCAAAAACCAACAGGAUCAAUGCCAAUUGAUGAUGCAGGCUUGUAUUCUACAAUAUUCGGAGCUUGGCUGACAAAGUAUUUGUGGAAGGCAUACCGCCAAGGUGGUUCAAAUCUUAGAGAUUUGCCUACCAUUUCACCGUACGAUACAUGCGAAUAUAAUUCACAAAGGCUCGAAAUAUUGUGGAACGAGGAAGUUGCAAGGCAUGGCAUGAAUGCAGCAUCGUUUGGCAAAGCAGCUUGGCGAUUCAAUAGAACGAGAUGUCUCGCAUCCUGUAUUAUUCUUACUGUCGCCAUAAUACUGGGUUUUCUCAGUUCCGUUCUGUUGAUGCGAAAACUACUGGAAUUUAUUGAAUCGAGUGAAGGAACGAUUGGGGAAGGAAUAAAGUGGGCAUUUUUAUUGUCGUUGUGCGACAUGACUCGAACGAUGCUUCUUACUUGGAGCUGGAACAACAAUUACAGGACUGCGCUAAGAUUUAAAAACGCGUACUUGGGUAUGCUGUAUAGAAAGAUCAUAAGACUUAAUGAUUUUGGUAGCAAAAGUUCAGGCAAGUUAAUAAAUAUGAUGUCAAACGAUGGCCAACGCAUGUUCGACGCUUGCGUCUUCGCCCCAACUAUAAUCGGUGGACCAAUCGUAACAAUUUGUGGAAUUACGUACAUAUUAUGGAUAUUAAGUCCAAUGGCGUUGUUUGGGAUAUUAGCGUUUUUUUUGUUCUAUCCCAUUCAGUAUUCGAUAUCUCGAUUGAAUGGCUACUUCAAAUCGAAGAGCAUCAAAAUAUCCGACGAAAGAGUAUCGGCGGUCAACGAAAUAUUGGAUUGCAUAAAGUUGAUCAAGAUGUACGCCUGGGAAGAACCUUUCCGUUUGAAUCUCAUGGAUGUACGAACGAGGGAAAAGCGAUGGCUACACAGAAUUACGUACACCAGAAGUUUCGGAAUAUCAUUGUCCCCUACGAUCCCUGUGAUUUCAGCGAUUGUCGCUUUUCUCGCUCAUGUAGCUGGAGGUAAUAAUUUGACUGCGGCUCAGGCUUUUCCGAUCACAGUGUUUUUCUCAAAUUACAUGAAGCAGGCACUAUCGAUCCUCAGAGAUGCAACUCGGUUUUACUUUGAGUGCAAAAUAGCAUUUAUGAGAAUGAAGAGCACACUUGUGAUGGAAGAAUCACAUUAUCACAUUCCUAAACCAAUCGUUAAAACUCAAGCACUUUCUAUCGUAAAUGGGACAUUUACGUGUGAAGCUAAUGAAGAAUUCGUCGAAACUAAAAAAGAUAAAAAAUCGAAUACAAAAAAGAGACGAGAUGGAAAUAUGAAUGCCCAAGAUACGAGCGAAAAUUUACUGCCAGCACAAAAAAGAGUGGAAAUACUGAAAGAAAUAACGUUCGAGGCGUCGAAAGGUAAAUUAAUUGGUAUUUGCGGCCAUGUAGGAAGCGGAAAAACGAGCUUGUUGCUCGCCGCGCUUGGACAAAUGCGUCUGGCAUCAGGACAACUGGCGAGAGAUGGUUCUUGCGCUUACGUCAGCCAACAGGCUUGGAUUUUACACGCAACUUUUCGGGAGAAUGUUGUGUUUGGUGAAACUUUCGAUUCGGAGCGUUAUCACACUGCCAUCGAUUCGUGUUGUCUUCGACAAGAUUUAAAUUCUUUUCCUGCUGGUGACGAAACCGAAAUUGGCGAAAGAGGAAUUAAUUUAUCUGGAGGACAAAAGCAGCGAGUCGCACUUGCUAGAGCAUUUUAUUCUGAUAGAGAUAUUUAUUUUCUCGAUGAUCCGCUGAGUGCCGUGGACGCUCACGUUGGAGCUUAUAUUUUUGACAAUUUGAUUCAUGGAGCGCUCAAAGGAAAGACAAUUCUUUUUGUCACUCACCAAGUUCAGUAUUUGAAUCGCUGUGACGAGAUUUACAUGAUGAGUAAUGGAAGAAUUGUGGAGCACGGUGUCCACAAGGAACUUAUGGAUGCGAACAAUAAAUAUGCCACUAUGGUUAAAAGUAUGAUUCGCAAAGCAGAGCAAGCAUCGAGCAACGAGGACGACAGUUUCGAGACUGAGAACAAUGAAAAAAACAUUUUUUCUUCCGAAGUUCAAGCAGUAGAUGACGACAAGGACACAGAAAAUGGCAAAUCUGCUCCAAGCGCAUCUAUAAUGGUACCGGACAAAUUGGAAACAGGCAAUAUCACGAGCCAAACUUAUCUCGCUUACAUUCAAGCCGCAGGUGGUUAUUUCGUCGCAUUCUUUUUACUUUUAACGUUUACAUUAAACGUUGGUAGUACAGCAUUUAGUUCUUGGUGGUUAGCUCACUGGAUCAAAGCCAGUUCCGGACCCGCAGCCGUUGAUCGAAGAAACGAAACAAUAUCAUCCAGCAGCAUAUUGGAUAAUCCUGAUCAUGGCUAUUACGAGACUAUUUAUGGGAUUUGCAUUUUGGUAAUUUUAGUGACGAGUGGUCUUCGAAGUUUAGGAUUGACUCGAGCUUCGAUUCGAGCCUCAACAAGUUUGCACAAUUGCGUUUUCGCUAAAGUACUCUCAUCUCCGAUGCAAUUUUUCGAAACUACCCCUCGAGGGCGAAUACAAAAUCUAUUUAGCCGUGACACGGAUGAAGUCGAUACUCAUUUGCCGAUAUCUCUCGAAGGACUCUUGCAAAACAGUCUUAUUUGCAUAUUUUCGUUAGGAUUUAUUUGCGCCGUUAUUCCGUGGUUCGUCAUAGUUAUCAUUUUUCUUGGGUGCAUAUUUUAUUACAUAGGAAAAGUUUUUCGAAUUGCGCUCAGGGAUCUUAAGCGUUUCGAGAGCAGCACACGAUCGCCUGUAUUCAGUUUUGCCACAGCGACUGUCCAAGGGUUGGACACAAUUCACGCUUUCGAGAAAGAAAAUGAUUUCAUAAAACAAUUUCAGGGAUAUCUCGACGUGAACGGCGGAUGCCAAUACAUCUGCAAUAUUGCACUUCGAUGGUUGGCCGUGAGAUUUGAUACUCUCGCCGGUAUAGCGACAGGAACAACAGCUCUCCUCGUUGUUUUUCUCAAAGGUCAAGUUCCUCCAGCUCUUGCAGGACUCGCAAUGUCUUACAGUGGACAAAUGUCGGGUGUCUUUCAAUUCACAAUGAGGACUUUUUCCGAAACUGAAUUGCGCUUCAUCAGCGUCGAGAGAAUAAAUCACUACUUGAAGACAUUGAUAGACGAAAACAAAGGUACAAAACCAUCUACUACGCCCCUCGUUGAUUGGCCUCGGAAUGGUCAAAUUGAAUUCGAAGACGUUGAACUGAAAUACAGAGAUAAUUUGCCAACGGUUCUGAACAGAAUUUCAUUCCGUAUAGAGGCCAACGAAAAAAUAGGAAUCGUUGGUCGUACCGGAUCAGGAAAGAGUUCAAUUCUGGUUGCUCUGUUCAGACUCGUAGAGAGUUCGAGAGGUAAAAUAAAGAUCGAUGGUGUAGACACGUCCGAAAUAGACCUGAAAUGUUUAAGGAGUAACAUUUCGAUAAUUCCCCAAGAUCCCGUUCUUUUUAAUGCAAGUGUGAGAUUCAAUUUGAAUCCGCACGGUGACCGUUCCGAAUAUGAUUUGUGGACGGUUCUUGAAAAAACACAACUGAAGGAGAAAGUGCGAAGUAUGCCAGGCCAGUUGAACGGCAUGAUCGAAGCUGGUGGUGUUAAUUUGAGUAUGGGCGAAAGGCAACUUUUGUGUCUUGCCCGCGCUCUCCUUAGGAAAAGCAAGAUACUCGUAUUGGACGAAGCAACUGCGGCGGUCGAUCCAGAAACUGAAGCGAUUGUACAAACCACGAUACAACGAGAAUUUUCUGAAUGCACAAUAUUAACGAUCGCUCAUCGACUUCAGACGGUUCUAAGUUGCGACAGAAUUCUCGUUCUGGAUAACGGUGACGUUGUCGAAUUCGAUACACCAUCGAAAUUAUUGGACGACCCUUAUUCUGAAUUCUCGAAGAUGAUCGAUGCCGCUGACAAAGCGAUCAAAGGAUCUCGCCACUACCAAUACUCACGCUAAUAUUCCAAAACAAAACUCACAUUAUUUAUUCUACAAAGAUCCUUUUUUAUUUGUUAUUGAAGAGUAAAUGACCAUUUUUUUUACUUAUUCGAUGAUAUGCCCUUCUAUCUUGCAUUUGUUUUAUAUGUAAAUUAAAUUGAAGAAAAAUAUUUUUAUGUACUAUCAACCAAACGUAUUAUAAAACUCCAACGAAGUCGAAAGUUAAAAAAAAACUCCAAUAUUUAUAUUUCAAUUGAAUUAUAAUAAUAUUUCUUUCAACUGAAUGAACAAAUGAUAAAAAAAACUGUGUGCUCAAUAUACGAGUUUCAAUUUGGCCUGAAAAUCCCGCUGCAUGAAUCAACAAAAUUUAAACUACCCGCCGUAGGAAUGGCGCGCACGUGAAAUCCGAAAUUCAGCCAAUUGCAAUCUCUAGAACAUUUCCAGAGGGGCCUUUUAUAUAGAGAAAUAUAUAUAAUAAUAUAUAAAUCAUUAACCAUCUUGACCAUCUUUGAAUUUUUCGAGAUCGAGAUAAGAUAUUUUUUGGCGCCUGAGAAAAAAGGGGAAAAAGUAAUCAAUGUACGCAUUAGCUUGAAUAUUCCACUAAUUGUGUUCUAGUUACAAACCGCGAAAUUUUAGAAUCUUUGUAAUCACAAACGAGUUUGUAGAAGGCACGAAAACACGCGUUAUAUAUUCUCAUGACAGCUCGAUAACCUUAAUUCUCUAGUGGUUUCUAGGUUAUAAGUUGUGUUUGUUGGUGAAAGUUUUCUAUUAUCGUAAAAACAGAUCGGAGGA